AUGGCAUUUUCCAGAGUGCUUACGAGACGGGUAGAUGUGAUAUGGGCUUUGAUAUUCUUGAAUGUAAUCGCAACAGUCUUCUCUGAAACUAACAUCGGUCACAUAUUCAAGAGAUCAAUCACUGGUGAUGAUACAGAACACGUGAUGGAUGAACAAGUUUCCGUGGAAAUGGAGUUCUUUUCCACGUGGCCAAAUGGAGGAACAAUAGCCAACAGCGCCGUCUACUAUGGUGGAAGAUCAGGUCAAUCCACAGAUACUACUAGAUGCGAGUCUAUAACCAGAGUACCGUCUGAUGUACAACGAUCAAUGGGUCUGAGUUCGUUCUAUCAGAAAUAUACCCAUGCUUACAACAUCCCAAUUCUCUCAUCGAGCCGUGUACCAGAUGCAGCUCUUACACGUGCAUGCUACGUGGUGAAGUUUUUGAUGGCCGACCGGCGGGAUUUAAGACAGCAAAUGUAUGAUAAAUAUGGUCGUGUAGGUAUUAUGUCACAGAAUGAGGUUACUCAGAGUAUUCCAGAACAUUCCCAUCUCCCAGCUUACUAUAAUCAACGAGCACGUGGUCUUGGAGGCACUUUGCAUAUUCCUAUAUCGACAGGAGCAGAAGAGAACGUCCUUUGCUACCAAGGGGAUCCUUACAGCGCCGAAGAUAUCUUCCUUCAUGAGUUCUCUCAUGGCAUUCAUAAGAUCGCAGCUGUUUCAGCAGACUCUACCUUUCAGGGACGUCUUCAAAGGGCUUACAACAACGCACGCUCUCGGGGACUCUGGGCCAAUACUUAUGCCAUGAAUACCGUUGAUGAAUAUUUUGCAGAGGGCGUUCAAAGCUACUUCGAUCAGAAUCCAUCUUAUGCUACCCCUGGCAUACACAAUGAUAUCAAUACAAGAGACGAAUUGAGAGUUUACGAUCCAACAUUGUACAGUUUAAUUGCAGAAACAUUCCCAUGUGGAAACAGCAUUGUUGACCGUUGCCAAGACCAAAAAGAACCGGAAGGUGAUUGUAUUGAUUUGAAUCAGAGGUGUGAGCAUUGGGCGUCUAUUGGGGAAUGCCAGAAAAAUCCAGAAUACAUGUUACAACACUGUAAGAAAAGUUGUGACCAAUGUGAAGAAGAGAUCACAACACUACAGACUUUGACAGAAGAACCGAUAACUCCACCACUUCCCCCAUUUUCCACAGCAGGGCCAAUAACUCCACCACUACCACCAAAACCUACAACUGAAGAACCGCUCGGUGACUGUAUUGAUUUAAAUCCAAAUUGUGCGUACUGGGCGUCAAUUGGUGAAUGCCAGAAAAAUCCAGAAUACAUGUUACAAAGCUGUAAGAAAAGUUGUGACCAAUGUGAAGAAGGGAUUACAACGCUACAGACUUUGACAGAAGAACCGAUAAUUCCACCACUACCCCCAGUCUCCACAGAAGAACCGAUAACUCCACCUCUCACUCCGGUGCCGACAGAAGAACCGAUAACUCCACCUCUCACUCCGGUGCCGACAGAAGAACCGAUAAUUCCACCACUACCCCCAGUUUCCACAGAAGAACCUAUAACUCCACCACUCACUCCGGUGCCAACAGCAGAACCAAUAAGCUCGCCACUGCCUCCAGUUUCAACAGCAGAACCGAUAACUCCACCACUACCACCAACGCCUACAACUGAAGAACCGCUCGGUAUGUAA